AUGGUUCUUUCUUUUGUUGGGAAGAUACAAAAGGGUAUUUCACACUUUGUACACAAAAGACAUGAUUUCAGUGAAGAGUUGGUACCAGAAGAUGUUAGGGAAGGAUACUUUGCUGUCGUUGCAAUGAAAGAUGGAGAAACCAAAAAGUUUAUUAUUGGGUUGGAGUACUUAAGUGAUCCUGAGUUUUUGGGAUUACUAGGUCAAGCACAGGAAGAGUAUGGUUUCAUACAGGAAGGAGCUAUUGCUGUCCCUUGUAGGCCUCAAGAAUUGCAGAACAUUUUAGAUGGUCAGAGAUUACUAUGA